GUGUAAGCCUAUAAAGUACAAGAGACAGAGGGAGACAUUUGUUGUCGUUAAUAAUCCUGUGUGAGAGAGAUUGGGAAAAUGUCACAAGGUCAGGGGGCAUCCGGAUUUGAACCGGAGACCUCUUGAUCUGCAGUCAAAUGCUCUACCACUGAGCUAUACCCCCGUGCGUUUUAACACUCAGAGAAUACUCAAUUCAAUUCUGAGCCACUAAGAACACGUACACCUUGUGAUGGAGGAGGAAGAGGGUAGAGUGAGUCCAUGAUUGGCCGGUCUUACCGAGUAAACCAAUCAGUGUAAGCGGGCUUUAUUUGUUUCUUCCUUAACAAUGUUUGACGUGUAAAACGUCGGUUUCUCCUCACCUUUAGACUGAUACACUCCAGUGACAUCUAUUGGCUAAUACUUGUAACAGCAACUGAUGAGCAGAGAAACGUUAAAAGGGAAUAGAGAUGAGGAGUUUCCAUGAGUUUCCAUCGAUGGCCCUCCACACCUGAACACCAUCAGAGAAGAAUGCGUUAAACGAGCAUCCCGUGAGGAAACGACACAAGAUUUUUUUUAUGCUCCCCUGUGGUAUUUGUUGGUACUUCCUCAGAGAGACUGCCUGGGACUACGAAGGACAGCGCUGGCUGAGGUUGAUGGUCGAGCAACAACAGAUUAUAGGAACAGCGUGAGCUCAGAGGACCAUGACACGUUGACUGGAGGUUCUAACAGAGUUCAGAGGUCAUCCCCAGGUCACACUGUGAUGAGCAGGGCCGUCUCAGGUGGAGAACUGACCAUCACCACCCUGCUAGACAACACGACACAUGUGGUGGAGGAUUCUGGGAAAUAUUAUACAUGGCGUAGGUUCGGUCCUGAAGACAAGCGCACCAAAGAGCUAUGGGUGGACAUGAAUGAUGUACGACACGGCCAAGUGAGAGUCCAUGCAAUUCUGUCAAAUUCGUACAAGCAAGCUGUGAGGGUCGCCCUGUCCUUUAACUUUCCUUUUUACGGGCAUUACCUGGGGCAGAUAACCAUCGCUACUGGAGGCUUUAUCUUCACAGGGGACAUUACUCACCGCAUGCUGACCACAACGCAGUACAUUGCCCCUCUAAUGGCGAACUUUGACCCCAGUUACUCUAAGGACUCCAAAGUACAAUACUUAGAUAAUGGAGAGAUGUUUGUGGUCCAGUGGGAGAGAGUCAGACUUCUGGACAAAAAGUCAGCGGGAGUUUUCACCUUUCAGGCUGCACUCUACAAAACAGGAGACAUUACAUUUAGCUACAGAGAUGUUCCAUUGACGUUGGAUGUUAUCAGUUCAGCUGAGCAUUCGGUGAAGGUCGGGUUGUCUGACGCCUUUAUGGUCACAUCCUUUAAUACACAAUCACCAGCAGAAGCCAGCAGCCAGAGGACGCUCUUUGAGUACCACAGGGUUGAAGUAGACACCGCACAGGUCACGACCAACUCUGCUAUUGAGUUCACUGCCCUGCCUACGUGUCUACAACAUGACAGCUGUGAGCUCUGCCACUCAUUCAACCAAACCUUAGGUUGUACUUGGUGUCAUGUUCUCCAGAGGUGUUCAGACGGCAUGGACCGACACAGGCAGGAAUGGUUGGAGUACUCUUGUUCAGACGAGCAGAGCAAAGAGACAUCCUGUUCAGAUUACACAACAGUUGAAGGCACCUUUGACUCCUCCGUCACACCAGAGAUGGAGGGGACGACACGUCUGACUCCUCUACAAGAAGACUGUAAAGCUGUCGAUGUGAGGACAGAUUCCUCAGCCAAGAGUGACGCCUUUGCAAACACUGGGGUGAUUGCUGGAAUAACAGCUGCUCUUGUGUUACUUUUGGCUCUGGUACUUGUGGCUCUGUACAUCAACUGCUAUCCUAGUGUUGCAUCUUCACAUUACCUCAUUGCAAGACGUAGAAGUUACUGGCCGUCCCUGAAGUUUCAGAAGCAGCAGUCGGGCUACACUGAAGUGGAAGAAGGUCACGAGAAAGACAGCAUUGUUGAACCUGGGCCUGGGCGCUGAAACCCAGAAACCUGGAAGAUAUUUGCAUUGGACUGAUUUCUAUCAACAUUCAAAUGCAAACCCUCAUCCAAGCAUCUGUUUUCUGAAAGUGUUAAUGGUUUGGAGAUGUUAAGCAGCAUUGCAAAAAAGGGAUGAAACUGUUGCCACAGUUUGGAGUCCACAGUCAGACACAGCUUGAAGUUCAUUUUCAAUUCAUCAUUUUAUUGCCAUGUGUUAUACCGACUGCAAGGGAAAGUGGAACGCUUACCACAAUUUCAUGAAAAAUGCAUCAACUCUCUGUUUUAUAUAAAAUAAAUAAAAAAAAGUGUG